AUGGCUACUGCUGUUAAAUUCUUACCUGCACUGGGCAGAACCGUUCACAAGAGGUCUCUCUACCUGUUCUCUGCCGCCGCUGCUGCUGCUGCUGCCAGUGCUACUUUUGCUUUCUCACAGUCCCACAAGAAAUCGUCGUCCCAGGGAGGCAACGACAAUAAUGGAUGGAACGGCUGGGCGAAGGCUGCUGCGCUAGCCUCCGCCACGCCGCUAGUCCAUGUGGCCUCCCCCGAAAAGGAGAUGUCGUACGAGGACUUCCAGAAGGUGUACAAUGCCAUCGCGCUCAAGCUGAGGGACGAUGACAACUACGACAACUACAUAGGUUACGGUCCUGUGCUAGUGCGCCUUGCAUGGCACACGUCUGGGACUUGGGACAAGCACGACAACACGGGCGGGUCGUAUGGUGGUACGUACAGAUUCAAGAAGGAGUUCAACGAUCCAUCCAACGCCGGCCUGCAGAACGGCUUUAAUUUUCUGGAGCCCAUUCACAAGGAGUUCCCUUGGAUCUCUUCAGGUGACCUAUUUAGCUUGGGAGGCGUAACCGCUGUGCAGGAAAUGCAGGGCCCCAAGAUCCCAUGGAGGUGCGGUAGAGUCGACACCCCAGAGGACACCACCCCCGACAAUGGCAGACUACCCGACGCUGACAAGGACGCCGACUAUGUUAGGACGUUUUUCCAAAGACUGAACAUGAACGACAGAGAGGUCGUGGCGCUUAUGGGGGCACACGCUCUGGGAAAGACUCACCUGAAGAACUCCGGGUACGAGGGACCCUGGGGGGCCGCUAACAACGUGUUCACCAACGAGUUCUUCCUGAACUUGUUGAAUGAGGACUGGAAACUGGAAAAGAACGAGGCCAACAACAAACAAUGGGACUCUAAAAGCGGAUAUAUGAUGCUGCCUACUGAUUACGCCUUGGUCCAGGACCCUAAGUAUUUGAAGAUCGUGAAAGAAUAUGCCGAUGACCAGGACAAAUUCUUCAAGGACUUUUCCAAAGUUUUCGAAAAACUGUUGGAAAACGGUAUAACUUUCCCCAAGGGCACGCCUGGCCCAUUUAUCUUCAAGACUUUAGAAGAACAGGAGUUAUAG